GGUUCACCAUCACUGUCUUCCCCGCUUAGAGUGAGACAUGGAUGUGGUAAAGUUACAAGCGGGAUAUGCGUUAGAUCUGACAGCGCAGUUGUUAGAGACGUGUGAGUUAUAGCUGCCCCGGGUGUACCAAGAUGGCGCCUGCCAGUCUUAUCGUUGUAGUCGCGCCCCCUGGCGGACGGAGGAGGCUGCAGCGCCUGCCGUAAGUGUUCCCGUUUCGCCGGGGAGGUCAUUACAGACAGAAGAAGGGGACCGAGGCCCUCAGUCAUUCCUCCCGCAGACAUGCUCCGCCUGUGCCUGAGGCUCCGCGGCCCGCUCCGCUCUGUCCUGCCGCCCCGGGGACACGGGAACCCGGCAGGGCGGCUCCGGAGGUACCACAUGGGAGCGGGGAGCCGGCUCAGAGCCCUCAUCGGGGAAUCAGGCAGCGCUCCUGCAUCCCGGCUGCUUGGGAGACUGGGAGCGGAGGCCGGGCGGAGGUGGUACAGCCUGCCCCCCCAUCAGAAGGUACCUUUGCCUGCGCUUUCCCCCACAAUGCAGAUGGGAACCAUUGCUCGUUGGGAGAAGAAGGAAGGGGAGAAAAUCAAUGAAGGUGACCUUAUUGCUGAGGUAGAGACCGACAAGGCCACAGUAGGAUUUGAGAGUUUGGAGGAAUGCUACAUGGCGAAGAUCCUAGUUGCAGAAGGGACGAAAGACGUCCCCAUUGGUGCCGUAAUCUGCAUCACUGUAGACAAGCCAGAACUCAUUGAUGCCUUUAAAAACUACACCUUGGACUCUGCAGUUCCUGCCUCCUCUACGCCUGUAGCUCCACAUGCAGCUUCCCGCCCAACAACCCCACCGCCUGCAGUUCAAGCCCCUGGCAGCACCUAUCCCACUCACAUGAAGAUUGUGUUACCGGCCCUGUCACCGACAAUGACCAUGGGUACAGUGCAGAAGUGGGAGAAGAAGGUUGGAGAGAAACUCAGUGAAGGAGACCUUCUGGCAGAGAUAGAGACCGAUAAAGCAACCAUAGGGUUUGAGGUGCAAGAAGAGGGAUACUUGGCUAAGAUCCUGAUAGCUGAAGGCUCGCGGGAUGUACCUCUUGGGACACCUCUCUGUAUCAUAGUGGAGAAAGAGUCCGAUAUUGGGAGCUUUGCUGAUUACAAGGAGUCUGCUGUAGCAUUAGACAUUAAACCCCAGCCUGCUCCCUCCACUCCGGCCGCAGGGCUGCCGCAGGCUCCACCAGUGACUGCUGCUGCUUCUCCCACUCCAAGUUCUGCUCCUGCAGUGUCCAAAGGGAGAGUGUUUGUGAGCCCAUUGGCCAAAAAGCUGGCGUCUGAAAGAGGCAUAGAUACCAAGCAAGUGAAAGGUACUGGGCCAGAUGGCAGGAUUACAAAGAAAGAUAUUGAAUCCUUCAUUCCUCCUAAGGCUGUGCCUGCUCCUGCUGCUGCUGCUCCCCCGACCCUUACAGCGACACCGUCUUCCCCUGCUGUGGCUGCUGUACCCACCGGGGUUUUUACAGAUGUCCCUAUUAGCAAUAUUCGAAAGGUGAUUGCCCAACGGCUUAUGCAGUCUAAACAAACAAUACCUCACUACUAUCUUUCUAUUGAUGUCAACAUGGGAGAAAUCGUACAGUUAAGAAAGGAGCUGAAUGAGGUUACAAAGUCUGACAACAUCAAGCUCUCGGUCAAUGAUUUCAUCAUUAAGGCGUCCGCCCUAGCAUGUGUGAAAGUGCCCGAGGCAAACUCCUCCUGGAUGGACACUGUUAUUCGGCAGAAUCACGUGGUGGAUGUGAACGUGGCAGUCAGCACUCCCGCCGGUCUGAUAACUCCUAUUGUCUUCAAUGCUCAUAUUAAGGGCCUGGCGUCUAUCAGCAAAGACGUGAUGUCUUUAGCCACUCGAGCACGGGAAGGCAAGCUAAAGCCGCAUGAAUUCCAGGGUGGAACAUUUACCGUGUCCAACUUAGGGAUGUAUGGGAUCAAAAACUUCUCCGCCAUAAUAAAUCCUCCACAGGCCUGUAUCCUUGCUGUGGGAGGGUCAGAGAACAGACUGGUUCCAGCAGAUAAUGAGAGAGGCUUUGACGUUGCCAACGUGAUGUCCGUCACUCUGAGCUGCGAUCACCGCGUUGUAGAUGGGGCUGUAGGAGCACAGUGGUUAGCGGAAUUCAAAAAGUUCCUGGAAAAGCCAACGACAAUGCUGUUAUAAAUCCAGAGCUCUCUCCUCCUUGGGUCUACUCAUACUAUUUAUAUACUGCGGCCUCAGAACACUCAUGAACACAUGCAUAACUUUUUUUUUUUACUUACCUGAACAAAUUAUUCCUCAUAUUGUACAGUAUCCAGUCAGUGACUGCUCUCUAUCUGCACAGGACUGUAGUAUGUUAAUGUCAAUAAUGGUAUAAACAUUUCUUACAAUGGUUACUGUUCCCUGGAAUGGUUUUAUAUCGUGGCUGUCAAGUACUUCAUGAACAGGUCAUACAUGUAUAAUUACAGAAAUAUGUGGUGGUCUGCAUAUUUGCUGAAUGACGAAUAAAUAUAUGUUUAGGAA